AUGCUCGCAGCCACCUUUUUUUAAACGCGCGGAGAAUUUUUCUUCAUUUGGCCACUCUAUGCUGUUUAAAGGAGUUAAAAGUUUUAGGGCUAGUUUCGGCACCGGUGCACGAUGCUCUCUCACGCCGACCUCUUGGACACUCGCCUCGGUGAGUUACCGACAUCCAACUCCGGUCUUCAGCUCCACUGGAUGAAGGAUGCUGCGGCUGAGCUGCUGGGCCACAGGGAGGCUUUAAAGUGCAGACUCGGCGCGGACAGCGGACACCCGGGCGAUCUGAGCUCCGGACCGGACGCGGUCGAGGGCGCCACGCUGCUCCCCGGGGAAGAUAUAAGCAAUGGCGGAUCAAACCCCAGCGGCAUGCAGCAGGUCGGCGCCAAGGAACAAGACAAACAACAGCAACAAGGUUCGAGUCAGUCGGGUGGACAACAGAGUCAGCAGAAACAGAAACGACACCGGACCCGCUUCACACCAGCGCAGCUUAACGAGCUGGAGAGAAGCUUCGCAAAAACCCACUACCCUGAUAUCUUCAUGAGAGAGGAACUGGCGUUAAGAAUCGGAUUAACAGAGUCCCGCGUUCAGGUGUGGUUUCAGAACCGUCGUGCCAAGUGGAAGAAGCGCAAGAAGACGACGAACGUGUUCCGCGCUCCUGGCACGCUGUUGCCCACACACAGUUUGCCGCAGUUUCCGACGGCCGCUAUGGGCGACGGCUUGUGCUCGUUCCACGCCAACGACGGGCGCUGGGCCGCGGCGGGAAUGGCCGGCGUUUCUCAGCUGCAGCUGCCGCCGUCGCUCGGCCGCCAACCUGCCAUGGCGCAGUCGUUGUCGCAGUGCAGCCUGGGAGGCGCGCCGCCGCCCAACUCCAUGGGCCUUUCCAAUGGUCUAUCGUCGAACGGGUCGGGCCUGCAGUCGCACCUGUACCAGCCCGCGUUCCCCGGCAUGGUGCCCGCCUCGCUUUCCGGCCCGACCAGCGCGAGCGGCUCGCCUCAACUGUGCAGCUCACCGGACAGUGACGUGUGGAGAGGCAGCAGCAUCGCCUCCCUGCGCCGCAAAGCGCUCGAGCACACCGUCUCCAUGAGCUUCACCUAAUCACAACGUCGUUUGCGUCCUCGUUAAAAAAAGAGAAGAAGAAUAUUUUCACGGACGGUCAAGAGCCACUCAGGAUCCGAGCUCGUAACUGUGAAAUUACAAAUUGGCAGCCUUAAAGGAAAAAAACGGAAACUCAACAAUAUCCGGACGACGUUUGACGCACAUGCGCAGUAGUAAUAGCGUCCACGUUUUAAAACGUAUACUUUAAUUCGCGUGUUGGAUACGAUUUGUUGUUUAUUAAAAUUUAUUUUCUUCUUCUGAUGUCCUUAACAAUUAAUAUUCGUUUUUGUAUUUAUUGACAAUUAUUAUUUAUUUAUUUACUUAUUUAUUUAUUCAUCAUGCUUGUUGUUGAUCAUUUAUCAAAGAACAGCAGCGCGUGCUGUUGGCUUACUUCACUCAUGACAAAUAUUUAUUAAUGUUCAUUUUUUUAUAUAUAUAUGUUCGAGGCAGCCACGUGUACUGCAUGCUAUGAUUGGUUUAAAGCAUGGGUCACGUGUGGAUUUUUUUUUCUUUCCAAUUUUGUACAGGCAACGAAUAAGAUGUAUAAUGAGCAAAUUCUCAAAUAAUCUGAUUCAGCUGCAUGUAUUGGCAAGAAAGAGCAAGGGAAAUUUACAUAACGCAAAAUGAUCUUGAAUAGGAUACUUGUGUAGAUAAAAACUAAUUCUUGUUACCUGCUGGUCUGUUUGUGAUAUGUUUUGACUUACUGUAUGUGCUUAUUACUGAAAUGUGUUUUUCUUAAACGUUAAUCCUACCAAAUGCAACACACCUGGGCAGGUUUAUAUCAAUUUAUUGUAAA